AUGGCCGCAUUCUUCAAAAGGGUGGCUGCAUCCCGAUGCCACAUCCACAAUGGCAGCCUUUAUGUUUCCACAGACGCAUCAAGCUCUCGUACAGAAGAAACACAAGAGUUGCUAGCCAACAUGGGCUCGACUUCAGAAUCCCAGCAAGAUCCGCCAGUUGAGGCGCAAGACCGGGAGCGACAACAUGUCGACCAUGCGAUGGCGAAGAAAAUCAUUUGGAAGAUUGAUCGAAACGUGAUCCCGCUCUUGUUCUUCACGUAUAUGCUCAACUUCAUGGACAAGACCAUCCUCUCCAGUGCAUCAGUCUUUGGUCUCCGAAAGGAUACGAAGCAUCUUAAGGGCCAGGACUACAGCUGGGUCUCGAGCAUCUUCUACUUCGGCUACUUCGCCUGGACAUAUCCCACAACGCUACUUAUUGCGCGCCUCCCCGUCGCCAAGUACAUGACUGCCAAUACCUUCUUCUGGGGCACUGUUGUCGCUGUCACAGCCGCGUGCCGUAACUACGGCGGCCUACUUACCGUUCGUUUUCUUCUCGGUGUCGCGGAGUCAACGAUUACUCCAGCUUUUAUGUACCUCACCUCGACGUGGUACACGCGUGACGAGAUCCCCACACGCACCGGCAUUUGGUUCGCGGGUAAUUCCGUCGGCGGUCUCGUGGCUUCUCUGCUGGCUUUCGGCGCCGGUCAUAUUUCUGACAAGAUCGGCCCCUGGCGCUGGAUGUACAUCAUCCUUGGCGUCCUGACCUUUGCGUGGGCUUUCGUGCUUUGGCUCUGGCUGCCCGACACGAUUUCCACCGCGCGCUUCCUUACCCCUGAAGAGCGCCAGUACGCCGGUGAUCGCGUCGUUAUUGCCGGCACCGGUCGGACGGAGAAGACGCACUGGAAAUGGAACCAAAUGAAGGAAUGUCUGAUCGAUCCCAAAACGUGGUUCAUUUUCGGGCUUGAGAUCAUCACGCAGAUUCCCAACGGCGGCACCCAAAACUUUGCAAAUCUCGUUAUCAAGUCAUUCGGAUUCACGAGUCUCCAGUCCACUCUCAUCAACAUUCCCUAUUCGCUUCUCUCGGCCAGCAUCAUUGCCGGAACCGGAUACAUUGCGGGUCGUUUCCGCAAGAUGAACUGCAUUCUCAUUGCUCUUAUCGUUCUUCCUUGUAUCACCGGCGCAGCCAUAAUUUACUCUCGUGAGCACGUCAGCAACGGAGUCCAGCUGUUUGCAUACUUCCUUCUUUCACCAGGUCCUGCCGCCAUGCCGCUCGCCAUGUCCCUCGUACAGGCCAACUAUCGCGGCGUGACGAAGAAAAUGACCAUGUCUGCGUUGCUCUUCUUAGCAUACUGCGCAGGCAACAUCGCUGGUCCUCAGUUCUUCAAGGCGGCGGAAGAGCCCCAUUAUAACACUGCCUUCAGAACUAUCAUGAUCUGUUACUCGUUAGUGGUGGUUCUCGCUCUUUGCUUAAGGUCUUAUCUCCAGUGGAUGAACGCCAAGCGCACCAGGGAAGAAGGGUACGAGGGCAGUGCUGGAGGUGCUGGAGCAGUUGGUGGCGGCAAGGUCUUGCAAGCGGAUGGAAACGCCAACGAUGUGGCGGAUAUGAUGGACCAAGUCGAGCUGCGUCCUGAGGACUAUGAGGAUGUGACCGACUGGGAGACUGCUGGUUUCAGAUACAGAUUGUAG